GGGGGGGCAGGGCGGACAAGAAAUGCAUAUCCUGUUGCCAUGCAGCCGUUUUUUUCAAGAGAACUUGGAAAAGAUGAAGCCUGCCUGGGCUACGGCCGUGGAGCAGGCAUUGAAGAAAGAUGCUCCGGCAUUGGAGAGAUGGACGGAGAUCGAAACUAUCCUGCAGGAGAGCAGGAAGUGCUACAGGCAGGUGCUGCGGCCGGGUCAAGUCCUGGUGCACCCGUCGAAUCGCUCAGGGUUAGGAUUGAAUGGAGCCCAAGUUCACAAGACAGGGGCCCAAGUGCAAUCUGUAGGCUUCAGCUCCAUGGAGCUGAAGCGAAGUGUUUGCAUGGAAAUAUCCACGGAUAGAGCUCUGAGCCAAAAGGCCUUUAGUUUCAACAAGCGGCAAGUGGAUAUGAAUGGAGGGCUGCUAGCUGAGGUGCGAGGCGAUGAGCGAUACAUGUCGUUAGCAUGCAGUCACUUUACGGCAUUUUGCCGUGCCUGCAUUGCAGCAUGUCCCUCGGACCAAGAGACGGUGUCGGACAACGGCAAGCUCACGUUGCAGCGAUUGUCUACGGACUUUCGGCAGGCCGUGGAUAAUGGAUGGGAGUGGCUGGUGCUGUCAGCGGAAGUUGAUGCAGUACUGCCCUCGCUGGCCUCCUUCGUUCAGGAAGUCAUGAAUGCAGCCCAAGGAGUUGCAAGAACGGCAGGCGAGCUGGAGCUCGCCAUGGCGAUGGUGACCCGAGCAAAGUUGCUGGCAGAGCAAGGUUUGUGCAUCGACUGGGAUGUUGUGCAAGCUGAUGUAGCAGCCACGGUGCCGGAUGCCUCGCCACAGACCGUGGCCGCUUGCGGGUUGUUCUGCAGAUUCUAUGCAGGAGGAACCGAAGCACCUCUGCUGAAGUUUUUGCACGACUUUUCCUUGAAAUAUGGGGCAAGCAAAAGAUUGGGAGAGGAAUUCAUGUCCACGGUCGCCGGCCUCCGGUUUGCAGGGCAGGAGCGAUCGCAUGCUUUCGCGAGGGCUGCGAUGAUCGCGACGAACCUGACAGCCACAAAAGUGGUAGACGGUGUGGCUCGGCUGCUGAACAAGAGCGAUGUCAGCAGGCUCUGUGCGAAAGGCAUGGAAGCAAGUGCACGUGCCAAGGCAGUUGAGUGCUUCGGUCGCCUGAUGGUUCGCAGCACCCUGUUCAUGUGCAAGAAAGAGAAGUCGGGGCAAGACGGCAUUGAGCACGGGUCAUUGGCCAAUUUGCUGACUUUGUACGAACACGAGAUGGGUGGCAAGAGUGCCGGUGCAACACCGGCUGCUGCUGCAAAAGAUGGGCCGUCUGAUGCGGCCCCUGCGACCUUGGAGAACAUGCAGGACCCGGCCUUCCUGAUGAAGCUGCAAGGCUUCGCAGAGGGGAACCUGUACAAAGGCAAGCAGAAGUAUCAGGACAUCUGGCCUUGGAAGCUGGAGAAAAUCGGCCAGAGCCACGGCUCUUUCUCGCUGUCUUGCCCAGUGAGCUGGGACAAGAAGGUCGAGGUGCCUCUGAGCGAGCUCAAGAAAUUUUUCGAGCUGUAUAGCGGAGAGUUCUUCGAGCUCUGCUGCGAGUAUUUCCUGAAGUACUCGCACUGUGAAGAGGAGUUGACCUUUUUGAAGAAUCCCACGUGCUGUCUGUUGGAGGGCAAAGCCAAGACAGGCAAGCUGACGAUCUUCCCCUUCACGGAUCAGAUUUCAAAGGUUGGCUUAAAGCCGGCAGCUGGCAGUGUGGAGGUUUGGCAUUCGGCCUCGGGCACAAGCUUGUAA